AUGAGUGCUGAUCAAUUCAAACAAGAAGGUAACCAGGCAUUUGCCUCCAAGGAUUAUGCCAAGGCAAUUGAAUUGUUUACUAAGGCUAUUGAAGUUUCAGAACAGCCAAACCAUGUUUUGUUCUCUAACCGUUCUGCAUGUUACGCUUCUAAUAAGGAUUUUGUGAAGGCGUUGGACGAUGCUAACGAAUGUGUAAAGAUCAAUCCAUCGUGGGCUAAAGGUUAUAACAGACUAGGUGCUGCGCACUACGGUUUGGGUGACCUGGAUGAGGCUGAACAAAGCUAUAAGAAGGCUUUGGAGUUGGAUAGUGCUAACAAAGCCGCACAAGAUGGGUUAUCGCAAGUGCAACAAACUCAACAACAAAGAACUGCGCAACCGGAUUUGGGUUUAGGAAACAUGUUCAAGGACCCAAUGAUGAUUGAAAAGUUGAAGAAGAAUCCGAAAACCGCCGAGUUUAUGAAAGAUCCUCAAUUUGUCGCUAAGAUUUUACAGUUCCAACAGAAUCCACAAGCUAUGGGUCAAGAAAUGUUGUCCGAUCCUAGAUUGAUGACUGUUCUUGCCGCUUUGAUGGGUAUCGAUUUAUCAAUGGACCCAAACGAAUCCAACUCCAUUCCAAAGGAGGAACCAGCGGCCAAGGAAGCUGCCUCAGCGACUAAAAGUGAACCAAAGGCUGAACCAAAGGCUGAACCAAAAGCUGAACCAAAGGUUGAAACUAAAAAGCCUGAACCUGAACCAAUGGAAGUUGACGAUGAUAAAUCCAAGGCCGAAGCUGCAAAAGCUGAAGGUAACAAGCUUUACAAACAAAGAAAAUUCGAUGAAGCUAUUGAAAAAUACAAUGAAGCUUGGGAAACUCAUAAUGACAUCACGUAUCUAAACAACCGUGCUGCAGCAGAAUAUGAAAAAGGUGAUUACGAGGCAGCCAUCGAAACUCUAACAAAGGCUGUGGAACAAGGUAGAGAACUCAGAGCUGAUUACAAAGUCAUUUCAAAAUCUUUCGCUCGUAUGGGUAACUCUUACCACAAGCUUGGCGAUUUAAAGAAGGCUAUCGACUACUAUGAAAAAUCUCUAACUGAACAUCGUACCCCAGAUAUCUUAACGAAAUUAAGAAACACAGAAAAGGAACUCAAGCAAAAGGAAGCAGAAUCUUACAUGGACCCUGAAAAGGCAGAAGAAGCUAGAUUACAAGGUAAGGAAUACUUCACUAAGGCUGACUGGCCAAAGGCUGUCGAAGCAUACACUGAAAUGAUCAAAAGAAAUCCAAACGAUGCCAGAGGUUACUCUAACAGAGCUGCAGCUCUAUCUAAGUUGAUGUCAUUCGCUGACGCCAUUAGAGACUGUGACAAAGCCAUCGAGAAGGAUCCAAACUUUGUCAGAGCAUACAUUAGAAAGGCCACCGGUCAAAUUGCUAUCAAAGACUAUGCUGGUGCCAUCGAAACACUUGAUAGUGCAAGAACCAAAGAUGCAGAGGUCAACAGUGGUGCAAACACUAGAGAAAUUGACCAAUUAUACAUCAAGGCCUCCCAAGCUAGAUUCGAACCUGCAAACGCCAAUGAAACUCCAGAGGAAGCGUAUGCUAGAGCUACCAAGGAUCCAGAAGUUGCAUCAAUUUUACAAGACCCUGUCAUGCAAUCUAUACUCUCACAAGCUCAGCAAAAUCCUGCUGCUUUACAGGAACACAUGAGAAACCCAGACGUCUUCAAGAAGAUUCAAACCUUGAUCGCCGCUGGUAUAAUCAAGACUCGCUAG